AUGACAAAACAUCUAUACCAACUAUUCCGUCAGGCAGAAAUCAUUCGAGCCGUUUCUGUCAGGACAGCCAUUAGCCCUGAACCCAGCGGCACCUCAUCGUGCUUUGUGAGUUUGGAGGACAUCCAAGACGUGUUUAAGAAUGCACAGCAAUUCGUGUUAGAUGGGCAUCUCAUCCCAUUCCUACCAGUCCUUGAUGGCACAAGAAAUCAAUCUCCAUGCAUCGCAUUUUAUCCUGACAAGGUCCUAGACGUCAUUACAGAGGAAUUGCAGUCCAGCAACAGCAGCGCCGUUUCCCAUUGCUCUACACCAGGAAAAGUGGGUGCUCAUACCUUUGGAGACUCUCUUUUAUCAUCAUCAAGCUUGGCUCAGCCUGUCGCUUCAACUUUGGUUGCUCGCAAUGUCGAACAAACCCAGAUCGUCAUUUCCGAAAACAAAGACGUACAGCAGAUUCUGGGUUUGCUGCUAGCACUGCAAUUCGAAGCCAAAGCGAAGGACGAUAAAAUGCUAGCACUGCAGUUGGAGGCCAAAGAGAACCAAGACAAGAUGCUUGAUAUGCAGGCUCAGUUGCGUGACCAGAUGAACCAAGCCCUCGACAGACUUGCCAUCAUUCAAAAACAUGCUCGGGCUAUCCUCGUCCAGGACUUUGAGCUACACGAGUAUCCGAUUCCACGACUAUUUAUAAUCUUACCUGUCGAUCACAGCAAGUGGAACCCGAAGGAUAUCUUGAGGAACAAGUUCCGUCUCCAUUUCCUAUGCGAAUGUGGAGAUCACACCGUGGCAGCAAGCAAGAGCAGCCAGAACCACAUCCAUAUUGCCAAGCAUGAAGGUUACGAAAUCCGAAACGGCACCGAAUUCUUUCUCAAGUAUGGAAAGUAUAUGCUUAUACUUCUGCACGUUCUCAAGGCCGGAUUGCACUCUGUCGACAUAUCUGUGCCAGCCUCAAGUCUAUUGGAUGCCGGUAUCGAUUAUUCGAUCGAUUAUAUGAGAGCGAUUUCUGCUGCCAAUCCCAUCUUGGAAAACAUCAACACCAUCGAUGACUACGAGGCGCUUGAAGGAGCCGAUCUCCGGCAGCUGGAGACAUUUCUUCGAACCAAUGAUGACGGCAGGAAACUUGGCAAUUUGUACAGGAUCGCGACUGAAACAGGCAAUGUCAAAUGGGUGUGUCUCGACCACUUUCGUUCGACGUAUAAAGAAAAGGAGCAACAAGCGUUCGCAAAUGCAGUCGAGGUGAAUGGCGGCAGCUAUGAUCGGCAGCUCGGUCAAGUAGCUAUCAAACUUCAAUCCAAAAUAAGGGCCGCAGAGUUCUUCGAUGCCCUAGCCAAAGCAAGACGUGUUUAUGACCUGGAUAUCUCAUUCGAUUGGGAGUGCUCCACGAGUGAUCUUGUGGCAUUCAAGGAUGCACUCAAGGUAUCAGGAGUAUCGAUACUUCGACUUGAUCUCUCAUACUUUCGAACAAGCCUCGGCAGCAAACUAUUUUCGACAUCCACACGAUAUGAAGUGCUCGCUCGCAUCACGGAACAUACAACUAUGAGAGUAGCUCAUAUUGUUCUUCCAAAGGAUUUCGUCAGGCUUUCCAACCUUCAAUCAAAAAGGCCAUCUCAUCUUCAAAAGUUAUCCGUUGAGAUGAAUGCUACAUUUAUUGGAGUAAAUGAGCUUGAAAUAUUAGCAGAGGCACUCAAGACCAACUCGACUCUGACCACUUUAAACUUGGAGAGCAACUCGAUUGGGGACAACGGAGCUCUGGCGCUGUCUGAGGCACUCAAGACCAACUCGACUCUGACCUCUUUAGACUUGCAGUACAACUCGAUUAGGGAAAACGGAGCUCUGGCGCUGUCUGAGGCACUCAAGACCAACUCGACUCUGACCUCUUUAGACUUGCAGUACAACUCGAUUAGGGAAAACGGAGCUCUGGCGCUGUCCGAGGCACUCAAGACCAACUCGACUUUGACCACUUUAAACUCGAGGAACAACUUGAUCUCGUAUGGAAGAGCUUGGGCACUGUAUCAGCUGUCCAAGGCCAGUAGGUGUGGUAUACGAAGAUAA